AUGGGGUAUACAAAGGGUGAGAUGAUAGCCUUAGGCUUCAUCUUUGUUGUUCUGCCAACAAUAUUCGUCGGCCUGCGCAUUUGGGCACGUUUUAUCCGUCGCGCUGGGCUGGGUGCGGAUGAUUAUACUAUUUUAGUUGGAUGGGCUUUCACUCUCUCUGUCUGCACCGUACAUUUGAUCGCAGCCAUUCAUGGUCAAUUGGGACAGCACCAAGCGAUCUAUCCAAAUGGGGAGCCAAUCUUGGAUGAUCCGCGUUUUAUUAUUUAUGAAAAGUGUAAAUUCUCCUUGCAUAUGUUAUCAGUGCUUGGACUGGGAUUCACUAAGAUUUCUGUGAUUCUACUCUAUCGGCGCAUUUUUCGAAUGCCGAUUUUCCAGCGCAUAUGUCUCGGCUACAUCGUCGUCAUUAUCGCGUGGACUAUUGCAUUCUUUUUCGCCUGUCUGUUCCAGUGCACGCCGGUCACCCCUUUUGUCGAGGGUUUUUACGGAAAUAAAUGCACUAAUGUUCUGGUUCUAUACAACACGGUUAGUGGUACAGACGUUGCUCUCGAUGUCUUGAUCAUCAUCCUACCGAUUCAGCCGGUCUUGUCCAUCAAGAUGAGUCUCCGACAACGGCUGGCAGUGCUGGGAAUGUUUCUUUUGGGUUUGCUAGCGGUCGCAUCCAGUAUUGCGCGGCUCGUUUCCUUCGUGCAGUGCGAUACCGUCUUGAUCGAGCACUAUAACGACGAGACAUACUACACCUCCGGCGUGUUUGUCUGGACAGUGGUCGAGUUGGUCAUGGCGGUGAUUAGUGCUUGUCUACCCACGCUGCGCCCUUUGUUCAUGCGCGGCAAGAAGAACGCUACUCCAGACUACCCUGAAUAUCCUCGUCAAUACGGGUCCAGUUAUGGGUCCGGUAAAUCCGGUCGCCGGUCGGGGUACAUGCUCAGUGUGGAUACUCGCCAGGACGAUUUUGAUAUGCCUGCGAUGGCUUCACAGGAUGCGCCAGGAGUGCAGAUUCAGAUUCAACGAUCUUCAGUUGAUGAUCGGGAAGAGCCGACUGAUGGCGUUAUUCAUGUACAACAUAGUACGACAUGGUCGGAUCAGGAUUUCCCUGCGCAGCCGAAACAGUCUGUUUAG